AUGGUGCCACUAGCAUAUUAUGAUCAACGUGUUGUGCCUUUAGAGCACUCUUACCAACCAGGCACAGCAGACUCACUAACCCAUCAGCACAUAGGUGAAAAUCUAAAUCAACCCAGUAAUCAGUCUUUGGUCAGAGUACAAUCUGAUAGUAAUCACCUUUUAGCACCUCCACCAUGCUCCAACCAGAAGGUUCAGAGAGUCUUUGCCAACUCCCAGGCUACAAUUUCACAGGGCUUCCAUAACAGGCUUUUGAAAUCACUAUUACCCCAGUCCAAAUGCCAGUCUAUACCUUCACUAGACCUCCACCAAAGAACUUCAUUGCAGCCUAAUUGGAGAUUUUUGAGCUCACCUUUGUCCCACCCCAAACCUCAAACAAUAUCUUCACUUGACCUCAAUAAAUCAUCAUCACUGGAGUCUGAUCAAACAGAUUUGAGCUUACAAUUAGCCCUCCCCAAACCUCAGAAUACAAUUUCCUUAGACCUUUGCUGUAAAUCACCUUUAUUGAAGUCUAAUCAAAAUGCCUCAAGUUCUUCAUUAAUCCCCUUCAAACAUCAAGAAACACCUUCUCUAGACAUCCACUGGACAUCAUCAUCUUUGGGACCUAAUCAAAGAGCUGUUAGCUCAACUUUACCUCAGUCCAAGCCUCAGAAAUUACCUUCAUUGGACAGCCUUUGGACAUCUUUGUUAGAGAACAAUCAAAAAUCUUUGAGCUCAUCGUCACUCACCUCUACACCUCAAACAAAUGACUUGUUUCAGAAAUCACCUUUGUUGCAGCCCAAUCAAAUGGCUUUUAGAUCAUCGUUACCUGACUCCAGACCUCAGACACCACCUGUAUUGAGCCCUAAUCGUUAUGUUCUGAGUUUACCAUCGUCUAACUCAAGACCAACAAAAUCACCUUUAUCAUAUUCUGUCCGCCAGACUCAGAGUUUGCCAUUGUUUCAGCCCAAAUCCCCAAAAGUUACACUGGAUCAUACAUUUAGGACCCUGAGCUCACCAGUUUGUGACUCCAAGUUUCAAAACACCACUUCACCAAAUGAAAAAUACAAUGUCACAGAACCAUUUUGUUUGGUUUCACCCCAUCUCAAACCAAAAGUCUCAGGUCAAUCAUUAUCAAGCUCCAAAAACAUAGCUGCUACAUGGGGAUCCAGAAUCCAGAGCAAAAGCAGCUUUAAUCUUUCUGCAAAGGCAUAUUCAAAUAAAGAAAUUCCAUGGACUUUGGAUUAUAUUUAUCCUUGCAUUGUUAAAGGUGGAAGUGUCCCUGAUGAUGUUGUAAAUAAAAUUAUCACUUCUCUCUCCAAGGCCAGAAUCCAAAGGGAUCUCUGUAGGCAAAUUCUGUUUCGAAGAAUGAGAGGAAAACCAAAUCCUCAUCCUGGUCCCUGCCUUUCAUCACGUUACAUGGUCUGUUUAGCUUGUGCUUCCUGCAUAAAAACUCAGUGUAAGCAUCUUACAGGAAAAAAAGAUCCUCGUAGUGCAAUACUGUCUGUCAUACCAACACCUGAGCCCAGUUCAGAGGGAGAAGUAGAGAUGAAAUUAGUUUUCAUUCUUUCCCUACCAGAGACUUCUUUCUCAUCUUGUCUUCCAUUCCCUGUGAAAGAAAAUCAACCUGAUGAAGCUCUUAAAGAGAGUCUUGAAGGAAUGAAGAAGAUAUCACAGUUUUCUCCUUUUGAACUUGAUAACACACAUGGGCUUAAUAUGAAGAAAACAUUGCUGACAGCAGCCCCUGAAAACAAAGUUGUAAGCCCACAGAGCCAGGCCAUUGACUGGCUGCUUUAUGUUAAGAAAAGUCAUUCUCAACCCCAGACUGGGCUCCCAUCCUCUCCUUCUUCCAUAUCUUGCUCCUCAUCCUCCUCUUCAUCUUCUUCCUCUUCUUCCUCUUCCAUUGCACCCUCCUCAUCCUUUCCUUACAAAGACUCUACCACAUCUAACCUCUCAGGCUGUGUGUUCACUAAGUUAGUUAGUUACCACCGGUUGCCCCCAGGGAUCUCCUGGCUUGAGUUUAUAUGUAGCAAAAAUUAUCAGCUACUUUCUGGAAAAACACACCAAAGUCAAUCUCCACCUCCCCAAACAAAUCCUUCUAGGAAAAGUACCAUAGUGAAAGGGCCAAAGGGGCCAAAUGUACUUUUCAAAUUUUUCCAAAGUAAAUGA